AUGGAAGAUUUUCAGAAAAUAACAGAAAGUGAAAAUCAGUUGAAGAAAACAAGUAAGGAAAAUGAUGAUGCAGCACAUGAUGAUUUAGAAUUGGAUUUAGAUGAUGACAAUUUGGAUUUGGAUGAUCACGAUCACAAAAGUGAUGCUGAUACCAAUCAUGGACCUCAUGACAAUGAUGUUGAUGAAGAUGGUGAUGACGCAGACGAUGACAUGGAUCAAGAUCAUGAUAUUGAUGAUGACGACGAUCAUAACGCUAAUGGUGCUGCUGAUGAUGAUGAUGGCACUCCUGAAGCUAAUGAAGAUGGUGAUAAUGAUGUGCAGAAUACUGAAGAAACUGUGAAAAAUAAACUGAAUCAAUUUGAACAAGCAUGUGCUGAUCAAGCAAACGAGAAAACACCUGCUAAAAGUGCAGAAACUCCCAAAGAACAGAAAAAUAAUCCAAGGACACUACUUGUCUCUGGCAUUUCAGUUGAAAUUUUUGAGGCAAUAAAGAAUGCUGAACUACAGCAGCGAGAUACUUCUUCAAUAACAGAAAGUGAAAAUCAGUUGAAGAAAACAAGUAAGGAAAAUGAUGAUGCAGCACAUGAUGAUUUAGAAUUGGAUUUAGAUGAUGACAAUUUGGAUUUGGAUGAUCACGAUCACAAAAGUGAUGCUGAUACCAAUCAUGGACCUCAUGACAAUGAUGUUGAUGAAGAUGGUGAUGACGCAGACGAUGACAUGGAUCAAGAUCAUGAUAUUGAUGAUGACGACGAUCAUAACGCUAAUGGUGCUGCUGAUGAUGAUGAUGGCACUCCUGAAGCUAAUGAAGAUGGUGAUAAUGAUGUUGAUUAA